AUGGGGAAGGCAGCCCAAAAGGAGGGCGACAAGGAGGAGGAUGACAAUGACUAUGUCCCAGAGGAGGAGGACGUGGAUGUGGAUAUAGAGAUGGAGGAUGUGGUCCCCAUCAAAGUAGUUCCACUAUCUCUAGGUGGAGCCUUUGAUUUCCAAGAGGAGAUCACGAAAGACGAGUAUGCUUCGUUCUACAAGAGCUUGACCAACGAUUGGGAGGAGCAUCUGGCUGUGAAGCACUUCUCUGUUGAAGGGCAGCUGGAAUUCAAGCAGAACAAGAUCCUGAAGGUCAUCAGGAAGAAUCUUGUGAAAAAAUGCAUAGAGAUGUUCACGGAGGUUUCAGAGAACAAGGAAGAUUAUACCAAAUUCUACGAGGCAUUCUCGAAGAAUUUGAAGCUGGGCAUUCAUGAAGAUAGCCAGGACAGGUCGAAAUUGGCUGAUCUGCUCCGGUAUCAGUCUACAAAGAGUGGUGAUGAGAUGACGAGCCUGAAGGACUAUGUCACCAGGAUAAGGAAGGUCAGAAAAACAUCUACUACAUUACCGGUGAGAGCAAAAAGGCCGUCGAGAACUCUCCCCUCCUGGAGCGGCUCAAGAAGAAAGGCUAUGAAGUCCUCUUCAUGGUUGAUGCCAUUGAUGAGUAUGCUGUUGGUCAGUUGA